CGCAUCUCCCCCAAUUCCCCCGCAUGGACGAUGCUGUGAGAACCUUCAAGUCGCGAGGGUAUUCGGGUUUUCCUCUCGAUCUCGAUCUCUUUCUCUCAUGGAGUCAGAGGCGUACGACAGUGGCGUUGCGGGUGUGAAGCUCCGCAGGCGCCCCCUGCACCGCGCUACCGCCACCACGCCCUAUGACCGCCCUCCCACCGUCGCCUGUGGUGGUCUCGGGGGAAUAAGGAAUGGGUGGCUCUCGAGGCUUGUCGACCCCGCUUCGCGGAUCAUCACUGGCGGUGCGUCCAGGCUCUUCUCCUCCGUCAUCCGCAAGGCCCUUCCCGCACCCCCCGCUCUUCCCGCUCUGCUGCCAUCGUCAGGUACAGUUCAAAUGGAUAAGUUUCUAGAAGCAAAGAGAAUUGCAUCUUGCAAAACAUUGGAUGAGAUUGUCAACUCCUCUAGAAGAAUUUUGUCCAACCAAGCCCUAACUCUGCAAUCAGAUUAUUGUCCUUUAGGCGAACAUGCUUUGAGGGUAUUAGAAGUGGCCAUUGAUGAGAAAUUAAAAUCAGAUGCUUUUUCCUUGUUCACCAUUGGAAAAGUUGCUUCCCCUAUCAUUCCUAGGAAGUGGAACAAAGCAAAGCCGUCAACCUCCCCUCUCUUUCUCUUCUGUAGAAGAGAAGCACACAUUUACCCUUACUCUUAUGUUAAAGUUUCAUUCUUUUCCUCUCUCCUCUUUUGUGACCAGAGUUUUUCGAAGAACCACUUGGAAUUUCUCCAUAAAGAAUUUAGUCCAUCAAGGAGAUGGUGUCACACCUCAAAAUCCCUGAGUCAGUGUUGGAGCUGUGGAAAGACUGCAGCCUCAUGGCCCUUCCUAGUAUGCGAUACUUGCCGAAGUGUGCAACCCAUGGACCCGUCUGUGGACUACUUCCAAAUAUUUGGUUUGCAGAGGACAUAUGAGAUAAAGGACAAUAAUCUAGAAGGAAAGUACAAAGAUUGGCAGAAGAAAUUACAUCCUGAUUUAGUUCAUUCAAAAUCUGAGAAAGAAAGGGCUUUUGCUGCAGAGCAAUCUGCUCGUGUUAUUGAUGCAUACCGUACAAUUAGUAAACCACUAUCAAGGGCAUUGUAUAUGUUACAACUUGAGGGUUUGCAUGUUGAUGAAGAGAAAACAUUGACCGAUCCAGAUGUACUUUCCGAGAUGAUGGAAAUCAGAGAAGCUGUUGAAGAAGCUGGUGAUUCUGACACAUUAAAACAGAUUCAAUCACAGAUUCAAACCAAACACAACAAUUGGUCUAAUGCCUUUAGAGAAGCUUUAGAGAAGCGAGACUUCGAAGAUGCAAUAACUUCCGUCCAAAGAAUGCGGUACUAUGAUCGAGCUAUCGAAGCCAUUGUGAAGAAACUCUGAUACAAUUCAUCUCUCCACAACCUUAAUCUAACAAUAAAACCGCUUGUUGGUUUACGAUCCAAAGUUUAACUACACUUAUAUUGUUCGGAGUUUUUCAGUGUAACUAUGUGAAUUACUGAGUUAUAUUAAAGCUUUUUAUGAAUUUUAGAUUAA